AUGGCUGCUACAAAGAUAGACGGUACAGCCAUCGCGAAGAGGAUUCGUGAGAGACUUGCCGCCGAGAUAGUCGAGAAACAAAAGCUAAACCCCAAGUAUGAACCUUGCCUUAAGAUUAUCCAAGUUGGUGAUCGAUCUGACUCCUCUACAUAUGUUCGCAUGAAACUCAAGGCUGCUCAAGAGGCAAACAUCACAUGUGAACUUCUACAUUUCUCAGAGAAUAUCACCGAGGCAGAGCUUUUAGCACAACUGCACGUAUUAAAUAAUAAUGCUGCGGUACAUGGCAUCCUAGUUCAGCUACCACUGCCCAAGCAUAUCAACGAGUACGCUAUUACUUCAGCAGUGGCAGACCAGAAGGAUGUCGACGGUUUCGGCACAACUAACAUUGGCGAGCUUGCCAAGAAAGGUGGCAAUCCCUUCUUCAUCCCCUGUACUCCCAAGGGGGUCAUGGUUCUCUUGGAUGAAGCAGGUGUCGACCUGAAAGGCAAGGAUGCUGUGGUUCUUGGCCGAAGCGACAUCGUGGGGAGCCCUGUCAGUUACUUGUUGAAGAAUGCCGAUGCAACUGUCACUGUCUGUCAUUCCAAGACUAAGAACGUUGAAGAGAAGUUGAAGAAUGCGGAUGUCGUUGUUGCUGCUAUUGGCCAGGCUGCCUUCGUAAAGGGGGAAUGGCUCAAACCGGGGGCCGUGGUUAUUGAUGUAGGGACGAACUAUAUCCCUGACGCGACUAGGAAAUCAGGGCAACGACUAGUGGGUGAUGUCGAUUUUGAGUCAGCUUCCCAAGUUGCUUCCUACAUUACGCCAGUUCCAGGUGGCGUUGGUCCGAUGACUGUUGCUAUGCUCCUACAGAAUGUUGUCGACUCCACCACAAUGUAUUUUGAGCGGCAGAAACAGAGGCGUAUCGUGCCCCUUCCUCUAAAUCUGCUAACCCCAGUGCCCUCGGAUAUCGAAAUUUCAAGAUCCCAGCCGCCAAAACCCAUUACACGAGUUGCGGAAGAAGUUGGCAUUGCACAACACGAACUAGAGCCAUAUGGUGCAUACAAAGCCAAGGUUGACCUUACCUUGCUAAAGCGACUGGAGCAUCGUCGUAAUGGCCGGUAUGUUGUGGUUACUGGUAUCACCCCCACACCCUUAGGCGAGGGCAAGUCUACCACAACCAUGGGAUUGGCGCAAGCACUAGGAGCGCACUUGGGCCGACUUACCUUUGCGAAUGUCCGGCAACCCAGCCAAGGUCCCACAUUUGGCAUUAAAGGAGGUGCUGCUGGCGGCGGUUAUAGUCAAGUUAUACCGAUGGACGAGUUCAACAUGCACUUGACCGGUGAUAUUCAUGCUAUCUCCGCAGCUAACAAUCUUCUUGCUGCUGCUAUUGAGACUCGUAUAUUCCACGAAAACACACAAAAGGAUGGCCCCCUUUAUCGAAGACUAGUCCCAGUCAAGAAUGGGAAGAGGACUUUCGCACAAGUCAUGUUCCGGCGGCUCAAGAAGCUAGGGAUUGACAAAACCGACCCAAAUGAGCUGACCGAGGAUGAGAUUCAUCGGUUCGCCAGACUAGAUAUUGACCCCGAAACUAUCACAUGGAGACGUGUAGUAGACGUUAACGAUCGCCAUUUGCGUGGUAUCACCGUCGGUAUUGCACCAACUGAAAAGGGGCAAAGCCGAAACACUGGUUUUGAUAUCUCCGUGGCCAGCGAAUGUAUGGCUAUUUUGGCAAUGAGCACAAGUCUUCCCGAUAUGCGAGAAAGAUUGGGCCGAAUGGUGGUUGCUACGUCGAGGUCGGGAGACCCGGUCACUUGCGAUGACAUUGGAGCUGGAGGUGCAUUGACAGCUCUCAUGAAGGACGCCAUCAAGCCUAAUCUCAUGCAGACUUUGGAGGGGACUCCUGUCUUUGUGCAUGCUGGUCCUUUCGCCAAUAUCAGUAUCGGCAAUAGUUCUAUCCUUGCUGAUAAGAUGGCCCUUAAAUUAGUAGGCACCGAACCUGACGAGGAUCACAGCGUGAAAGCUGGUUUCGCUGUCACUGAGGCCGGUUUCGACUUCACGAUGGGUGGUGAGCGAUUCUUCAACAUCAAGUGCCGUGCUUCAGGCUUAGUUCCCGACGUCGUUGUCAUCGUCGCUACGGUUCGUGCGUUGAAGGUACAUGGCGGCGGCCCACCCAUCGCCCCUGGCGCACCAUUAGAUCCUGUAUACAAGCAGGAGAACGUUGAGAUCCUACGCAACGGAUGUGUGAACCUCAAGAAGCACAUCGAAAAUGCCAAGUCUUAUGGCUGCCCUGUCGUGGUAGCUAUCAACAAAUUUGCCACCGACACUGACGCUGAGAUUGCCGUCGUGCGGGAGGAAGCUAUUGCAGCUGGUGCUGAGGAUGCUAUCUUAGCCAACCAUUGGGCAGAAGGUGGAAAGGGUGCCGUAGAUCUUGCCAAGGGAGUAGUUGCUGCGUCUGAAAAGCCCAAGGACUUCAAGCUCUUGUACGAUGUGGGCGAGGGUUCUAUUCAACAGCGUAUGGAAUCUAUCUGCCAGAAGAUGUAUGGCGCCGCAGCAGUUGAGUUCAGCGAGCUUGCUCAAAAGAAGAUCGACACAUAUACGAAACAGGGCUUUGGAAACCUCCCGAUCUGUAUCGCCAAGACGCAAUAUUCGCUCUCUCAUGACCCAGAUCUUAAGGGUGCGCCCACUGGCUUCACGGUCCCGAUUAGGGAUGUGAGAAUGGCUGCUGGUGCAGGUUAUCUGUACGCUCUUGCUGCUGACAUUCAAACAAUCCCUGGAUUGCCCACAGCACCAGGCUAUCUAAAUGUUGAUGUCGAUACCGAGACUGGCGAGAUCGAUGGACUCUUUUAA